AUGAACGCCAGCGAUGAGAACCUGCUCAAGUCCAUCAGCAACGACGCGCUCCUCGACCUGACGCAGCGCUACGGCCAGUCCGCUUUCGGCUUCGGGGCCGGCCACGGUCCCGGAACCCCCGGCCGCUUCCCGCUGACGCCGGCCGCCGACUUCCUCGCGGGACAGACGGCCAAGUCCAACGAGAGCGGCGGGGAGCACACCAGCGACGACGAGGACGGCUUUGACUCGCUGGAGUCCCGGAAAAGAAGCGCGCCCUUCGGGGACGACAAGCCCGGGGGUCCCCUGGCCAAGAAGUCCAAAGAGCAGCGAUCUUUGCGGCUCAGUAUUAACGCCCGAGAGAGGAGGAGGAUGCACGACCUGAACGACGCUCUGGACGGCCUGAGAGCGGUCAUCCCUUACGCCCACAGCCCGUCGGUGAGAAAACUCUCCAAAAUAGCAACUCUCCUCCUGGCCAAGAACUACAUCCUCAUGCAGGCUCAGGCUCUGGAGGAGAUGCGGCGGCUGGUGGCCUAUCUCAACCAGGGACAGAGCCUCACGUCACCCAUCCCCACUGCCCUGGCGCCCUUUGGUCAGGCCGCUGCCGUCUACCCUUUCUCGGGCUCGGCUCUGGCCGGCUGCGCCGAAAAGUGCUCCAACUUCUCGGGGACACCGUCGACUCUCUUCAAACAUUGUAACGACAAGCCUUGA